ACAAUGUGUGUCUGUUUGUCAGCGCAACAGUGCGCAAAUGAAUAGUGUGUAUGCAGGUGCAAAGAAAAAAUAUUCUGACACUUAAUCGCCCUUCACUUCAUUUCCUAGUUUAUUUAAACGGGUGAGAGUCAUUGUAGCUUGUAUUUUGAAAAUUUUAACCGGAAGCCUAAAACACAUAGCUUGUUCGUCGGCUGGAGAGCGACCGUAUGAAAUUCUGCACUGCCUUCUCAACAGCUUCCCUGCCUUUUAAAUUGAACCGCACACACUCUACGGGACUUUCAGCUGUGAAUACAGAGGCCUGUGUCGGAGUGCCGACUGUGCUGUGAAGCGGGACAGAAGCGGCGAAGACAUUCGACAUUCGAGCAAACGUGUUGCCUCUGUCCCAAAACAAAUUUGUUUCAAUCAUGCCGCUGUUUGGUAAAUCUCACAAGAGUCCGGUGGACAUCGUCAAAACUCUGAGGGAAAACCUGGCCAUCCUGGUCAAACAGGAAAAGAAAACAGACAAGGCCUCUGAGGAGGUGUCAAAGUGCUUGUUGUCCAUGAAGGAGAUGCUGUACGGGAGCAACGAUAAAGAGCCUCACACAGAGACGGUGGCCCAGCUGGCUCAGGAGCUAUACACCAGUGGCCUGCUGAUAUCACUGGUAGAACACCUGCAGGUCAUAGAUUUCGAGGGAAAAAAGGAUGUGUGUCAGAUUUUCAACAACAUCCUGAGGAGGCAGAUUGGAACGAGAAGCCCGACGGUCGAAUACUUCUGUUCCCACAAAGAGGUUCUCUUCAUACUGCUGAAAGGGUAUGAUACACCACAGGUAGCGUUGAAUUGUGGAAUCAUGCUGAGGGAGUGUAUCCGCCAUGAGCCGCUCGCCAAGACCGUCCUUUACUCGAAGGAGUUCCACUGUUUCUUCACCUAUGUGGAGUUGUCCACCUUCGACAUUGCCUCUGACGCCUUUGCCACAUUCAAGGAUCUCCUGACAAAACACAAAGUCCUUGUGGCGGAAUUCCUUGACCAGAACUACGAUGCUGUGUUUACAGAUUAUGAGAAGCUUCUUCACUCUGAGAACUACGUCACCAAGAGGCAGUCUCUAAAGCUUCUCGGGGAGCUGUUGUUGGACAGACAUAACUUCAAGGUGAUGACACACUACAUUAGCAAGCCUGACAAUCUCAAGCUGAUGAUGAAUCUGCUCAGAGACAAGAGUGCCAACAUCCAGUUUGAGGCCUUUCAUGUCUUUAAGGUGUUUGUAGCCAAUCCCAACAAGACGCAGCCCAUCAUCGACAUUCUGCUCAAGAACCAGACCAAACUAAUCGACUUCCUGAGCAACUUCCAGAAGGACCGAGCCGAUGACGAGCAGUUCAACGACGAGAAGACAUACCUAAUCAAACAGAUCAGAGAUCUGAAGAAAACGGCCUCGUAGAGAAGACUCCCCCUCCCUCUCUCUACCCAAAACUUUUUAUUACUAGGUAGACAGAAUAUUAACACAUUAACAACAAUGGCUAUUCUAUUUUUAAGAAGAAAAAAAACAUCCACAAGACAUUAUUCGUAUUUUUUUUCCUUUGUUGGUUCAUUAAAACUUCACCUUUUUUUUUUAUAUAUACAUCUUUUAUUCAAGAUGGGGUUUCUUUCAUCUGUUGCGUGCAGUGCCACAACUUCUGCUGUUAUUCUUUGAACCAGCUUUUUGCCAAAAUGGUCAAACAAACAGACAAAACUGUUUUUGUUAAUGUCUUACUGUUAAAAAUGCUGCAAAAAAAUUGCUGUAAAUUGGAAAGUGUAUUUAUUUUUUAAAGCUUAAUUUGGGGGAACAUCCUAAUUGUGAAACACAAUCUCUUUCCUUGUGAAGCAAUGGCGAUGUGCAGUCUCUUUCUUACUCCAAUGACGCAUCAUUUGUUAGAAAUACAAUCCUAAAUGCCGGUGGAUUCCCACUGUCACGUCUUCCAAAAGGUUUAGCUAAUCAGUGAUGACGCUGUCUGAUAGCAAUAUGAUAUUAUUGGUCCUAAUGACGUUUUAUCAAUGUGUUCUUGCAGUUGAUCUGGACCCAGUCUAACACUGUUUCCCAAACACCGGUUCGGGACCCACAGAUGGGUCACGUGAGAUUUUUUUGCGGGGGUCCCCAAACCAAUUUUCUGAAUUUUCCCAAAGCUGUAAAAAAUCAGUAUAUCAUAUAUCACAGACAGGUCUGUAAAUGAGUCACUUUAUUAUUCUCAUGAUUUAAUCAAGUCACAGAUGUUCUUUUACAAGUGGAUCCCCAGUAAAUUGAUUGGGAAACACCGGUCUAUCGUACGACAGCUACAUGGAAAAAUGCACUUAGUUCCAAUCCUAUUGAUCACUAGGCCUCUUUACUAGCGGCUGGUAGCACUUUCUGUAUGAUAGAAAAAACUAAUAUAAUUCUUUUUUUUUGGG